AGAAACUGAUCAUAGUUUGAAUCAAUACUUGCAGUUUGUCUGCGCUCUAGUUUUUGCAGUUCUGUAUACUGACUUUAUUUCUGCAGAAAGUGCAGUAUAUAGUGCACUGUAAUAAAGGCUGAAUUAUAUUGCCUGUGUUGUGAGAGAAUGUGCAGUAUAUUGUAUAAUGUCAGAAAAUGGUCUAUACUACAGUAGAGGGCAUGGCAGUAUAUUAUCUACAUUGUUAGAAUAUGCAUUAUUGUUUACUGUAGUACAGAAUGCAGUGCAGUGCCAAUACUGCAGAAUAAAGUACAGUAUAUUGAGAUGGCUGGUAUGUCAUCUGCCUGGUAAUGAGCUGGUGGGACAUACCCCUAUACCCUAUACAAAACUGAGUCUGAAACAGAAAUGGCCAUAGUGCCCUCUGUACCUUCCUGCCUCAUGUAAUUAACAAUUCACAUACAAAGUAACAACAACUGUGUUUCUUCCUUAUUAUGCUUCUUCUUAAUUUCCUAUUCAUUUUAUCAUCACAAAUGCUCCUGUCCCAUAGUGAUUAAUUCCCUAUUGGACAUUUACACUCAAUUUAUUAAGAACACCUGUACACCUACUUAUUCAUAUGAUUAUCUAAUCAGCCAAUCCUGUGGCAGCAGUGCAAUGCAUAAAAUAAUGCGGAUAGGGGUCAGGAGCUUUGGUUAAUGUUCACAACAACCAUGAGAAUGGGGGGAAAAAUGUGAUCCCAGUGAUUUUGACCAUGGAAUGAUUGUUGGUGCCAGACGUGCUAGUUUGAGUAUUUCUGUAACUGCUGAUCUCCUGGGAUUUUCAUGCACAACAGUCUCUCGAGUUUACUCAGAAUGGUGUGAAAAACAAAAAACAUCCAGUGAGCGGCAGUUCUGCGGACAGAAACACCUUGUUGAUGAGAGAGGGCAACAGAGAAUGGCCAGACUGGUUCGAGCUGACAGAAAGGCUACAGUAACUCAGAUAACCACUCUGUACAAUUGUGGUGAGCAGAAAGGCAUCCCUGGAAUGCACAACACGUCGAACCUUGAGGCAGAUGGGCUACAACAGCAGAAGACCACGUCGGGUUCCAUUUCUGUCAGCCCAAGUACAGAACGCUGAGGCUGCAGUGGGCUCAGGCUCACCAAAACUGGACAGUUGAAGACUGGAAAAAUGUAGCCUAGUCUGAUGAAUCUUGAUUUCUGCUGAGGCAUACAGUUGGUAGUCAGAAUUUGAUGCCAACAGCAUGAAUCCAUGGACCCGACCUGCCUUGUGUCAGCAGUCCAGGCUGGUGUUGGUGGUGCAAUGGUGUGGGGAAUUUUUUCUUGGCACAGGUUAUGAUGAUGCGUGUCAGAACUGUGUCGGGCUCCACUUAUUUCUGCCAGACGGGGAAGUCUUUCAGGGGUCAGAUGAUGGACCGCUUCCUGCUGGUGGACUGCAAGGCUGUGCUCAGUGGCAAUUACAGCUUCAUGUGGUCUUUUGAGAAGAUCCAUCGUUGUAUUGCACACCUGUUCCUUGGGGAGCUGGUGACUACAUACGAUGAGGAGUUCCGCAUCCUGUAUGCCCAGUCCCAGGUCCUUGUAACCGAGAGUGCCCUAGUUCCAUUGCCUGGAGAAAGUGGCUAUGGCAGCCAUACAAAUCCGUUAUUCAGAGGCCAUCUACCUGUCCAAAGCUCUUGUUAUGCUUCAAACUUGAGACAGCCCUUUGGUGACAAAAUUGACCGGGGUGAACCCUUCUACAACCCACUAGAACCUUCCCAAAUGCAGAUGUACGCCGGUGUAUACUCUUCCAAGCAUUUGAGAAUGGAGCAGUCAUUCAUGGAACAGGGCAGGUCCAUGAUGACCUCAAGGAAAAUGGAGAUGGCACACAAAAGGCACAGCUAUGCAGAGGGCAGCCAUGACAGCUGUGGGUCUUCUCGGCAGUUGAUGAAGCAUCAAGUAAUGAACAACUUGGGUGAGAUGGAAGCCCAGACCACGCACCUUUACAAGGAGCAGCAUUACUACCACAGAGUUGGGCCAGGCUCCGGGCAUGGCAUAAAUUUUAAUAUGAAGAGCCAAGGAUAUAAUCGGAAAGACCAAUAUGUUGACGGUGGCUACCCACUUGAGAUAGAACCACCUGGUAGCUACAGCCACGGAGCGGAUUACUUACCUUCGAGUUCUUCUAAGGACAUUAUUCAUGACUAUGCAAAUAAUGAGAUGAAUCCAAAGAGAGUGAGCCAGUCAUAUAUUUGCCAGACUUCACCCACUCAGCUGGAUCCACCUGACUUGAGCCCUGUAAACACUGAGGCCUGCCUUAAUCGGACGCCACAGGAUCCUGGCACAAAGCAGGGUUUACGGAACUGGAGGAUAAACUCGUACCUCACUACCUUGGAUGAUGAAGAUGAAGGCCUAGCAGUACCACUGGGGCAAGAUCCCUUUGAUGAGCAACCUAUAUUUUCAGAACCAAAGUUGUCUACUACAGAUCUACCUGAUAUUAAGUUUAAUACUGAAGAGUUUCCAAGGAUAACCACAAGCAAACGAGACCUGAUGCCACAAUAUAGCGGAUCAAACCAACCUGAUGUUCAAAAGCAUCCACCUGAAAAAUAUGGUUCCAUGGUAACGGACUCUAAAGUGACACCAGAGGCUUCGGAGUUGUCCACGACCACAAAACCUGACAAAGCGGGGGAGGAGGUAAGGGGGCCUAGAGAGAUCAGUGUCAUCAUGCAAGAGUCAUUCUGCAGCAGAGUCAACCCCAUGCUUCAAAGAAGCUCUCGAUUAAGGUCUUCACUGAUAUUCAACUCAUGCAAUUUGGAAGAAAAGAGUUCAACUACAAUGAAAUCUGCCUCUGGGCUCAAUUUUAAAGAAAAUCCUAUUGAAGAGGAGAAUGGCCCCAACCACACCCAACCACCUACUAAUGUUCCAACAUUAGCCACAGCUUCCAAAGGUAAUUUUAAAUCACCUAAAGAUGGCCAAAACAUGUCUUGUGACAAGGAGCUAUCUAGAGAUGCCAAAACCACAGAGAGGCAUGGUGCCACCAACAUGGUGCCAACUGAUCCAAUGCAGUCGACGGCUGUACACAAAGCCACCAAUGAAAAAUCUAAAGAAUCAACUGAAGAAUCCAGUGUGAAAUCACCAAAGGAUCCUCUAUCAAAUGAAAAACCAAAGCUUGCAGAAAAAACAGUCUUGCAAUCAUUUAUAAAUAUGGAUGAUCCAGAAAUGAGGUUCUUAUAUUUUAAACAAUUAGCAGCAGAACGAAAGGCUGCAAAGCAGGCUAAGGAGUCUGCUGUUGGAGGCCCAGCUCUCCCAGAGAAUGUAACUGACACUAGUCUCAAAACACCAAGCCCAUCAGAAAAUCUAGCUGACAGUAAUAUGACUGACAACUCUGUAAUGGGCAAAGUUCCUGCAGUUCAAGAAGCCAGACAGAAUCCAACAGAAACUUUCAUUAACAAGCCAUCCAUGCCCAUCACAUCGGCAGAACCAAUUUCAAACAAACUAGAUGUCUCUGUAACACAAGACCAAACUGCAGCAUUCAUACAACCAGCAGGGUCUGAUCUCCAAUGUAAAGACUCUCGACCAUCUGCUGAUGUUACAAUGGCCACUAAAGCUUUACCAAAAGGAAUUUUGAAAUCACGUAAAGAUCCAAAGGACAAAUCUAAGCUUUCUGAAAUGGCACAAUUUAAGAUUCCAUCAGAGGAAAAACCUAGCAUCAGGGCUCCAACAGAAACUUUACCAGUCAUACCAUCAUUUAUAAAUAUGGAUGAUCCAGAGAUAAGGUUCUUAUAUUUUAAACAAUUAGCUGCCGAACGAAAGGCCGCAAAGCGGUCUAAGGAGUCUGCUGUUGGAGGCCCAGUUCUCCCAGAGAAUAUAACUGGCACUAGCCUCAAAUUGCCAAGCAUAUCAGAAAAUUGUGCUGACACCAAUAUAAAACCAACAGUCUCAAUCACAUCAGCAGAACCCAUUUCAAACAAGCCAGUAGUCUUGGUAACACAAGAGUUGGCAAACCAAACUCCAGCAGUCAUCAUACAACCUGCAGGGUCUGAUCUCCAAUGUAAAGACUUUCAACCAUCUGCUGAUGUUCCAAUGGCUACUGAAGCUUUACCAAAAGGAAUUUUGAAAUCAUCUAAAGAUAAUCAAAAUAUUUCCUGUGACAAGGAGCUGUACAGAGAUCCCACUAACACAAAGAACCUUGAGAUUGAAAUGUCCAGCAUGCCCCUAACUGAUCCAGCAAAGUCACUGAAAAGCAAAACAUGUAAUUGGAGCAGUGACAAUAGGACAGUGGUGCAUGAAGCCACAAACCAAAACUCAAAAGAAUCAACUGAAGAAUCCAGGGAGAAAUCCGCAUUGGAAUCUCUACCAAUUGAAAAACCUGAGCUUUCAGAAAUGGCACAACUUAAGAUUCUACCAGAGAAAAUCCUCUCCGCUCCAACAGCAACUUUAGGAGUCAAGACAUCAUUUUUGAAUAUGGAUGAUCCAGAGACUAGGUUCUUGUAUUUUAGACAACUAGCUACUGAAAGAAAGAGGUCUAAGGAGUCUGCUGUUGAAGGCCCAGCUCUCCCAGAGAAUGUAACUGACACUAUCCUCAAAAUGCCAACCACAUCAGAAGAUCUAGCUGACACCAAUAUGACACGGACAGACCUGUUAGCAAUGGGGAAAGUAUCUGCAGUUCAGGAAGCCACAGAGAGUUCAACAGAAUCUGUCAUUAACAAGCCAUCUGUCUCCUGCACAUCAGCACAACCCAUUUCAAAACAGUCGGAGAUCUCAGUAGCAACAGAGUUGGAAGACCAAAGUUCAGCCAUCAUCAUACAACCAGCAAGGCCUGUUCUCCAAUAUAAGGACACUCAACCAUCUGCUGGUGUUCUAGUGGCUACUAAAGGUUCACAAAAGUUAUUUAAAAAAGACAUUUUAAAACUGCCUGAAGAUUCAGAACACCUGAAAAUGUAUUGUGAUGAGAAGAUAUAUGGAGAUCCCACUAACACAGAGAAGAUUGCAAAGAGCAGAAAACCUGGUACCUCCAGCGUGGCCAUACCUAAUCAAGGGAAGUCACUGCACAGCAAACCAUUUGAUUGUAGCAGUGACAAUAGUACUGCUGUACCUGAAGCCACAGGCCAGAAGUCCAAAGAAUCAACUGAAGAAAGUGUCAAAUCACCAAAGGACCCUCUACCAAAAGACAAACCUAAGUUUUCAGAAAGGGAACCUAAGAUGGCACCAGAGGAAAAACAUGUGAUCAUAGCUCCAAUAUGGUCUGCUCAACUUUUACAGAGCAGACCAUCCAUUAUGAAUAUGAAUGAUCAAAAAGCUUCAGAGAGGCCUAAGGAGUCUGUGGCCAGAGGCCCUGAUCUCUCAGAGAAUAUUACUGACAGUAGCCUGAAAAUCCCAGCUAUUUCUCUAAAACUAACUGACACAUCAAUAGAAACUCUCAUUGACAAGCCACCCAUCUCCAUCACACCAGCAAACCCCAUUUCAAAGAAGCCAGAGGUUUCAGUUGCAGCAGGGUCUAAUCUUCACUAUAAGGACUCCCAUUCAUCUGCUGAUGCCCAAUUGGCUAUGAAAACUUUGCCAAAGUUAGUUGAAAAAGACAUUUUCAAACCAUCUGAAGAUUCCAAAAGCCUAAACAUUUCUUGUGAUACUGACACAGAGAAGCAUGAUAUUAAAGAGGCCAGCAGACGCAGUGCCGCCAGCAUGCCCCUAACUGAUCCCAAGAAGUCUCUGCAAAAUAAAACGGUUGAUUGUCGCAGUGACAAUAGGACAGCUGUACCUGAAGCCACAGACCAAAAAUCUAACGAAUCAACAGAGGAAUCGACAAGUGAGAAAUCAGCAAAGGAUCCUCUACCAAAAGAAGAACCUAAGGUUGCACCAGAGGAAAGACAUGUAAUCACAGCUACAACAGAAACUUUACCAAGCACAUCAUCCUUAAUAAAUAUGAAUAAUCGAAAGCCUUCAGAGCAGUCAAAGGAGUCUGUGGUCAGAGGCCCAGAUCUCUUAGAGAAUAUUACUGACAGUAGCUUGGAAAUUCCAGGUAUAUCUGUAAAUCUAACUGACAAUAACAUGAAAAUGAUGGAUAUCUCAGUAAUGGAGAAAGAACCUGCCUUUCAGGAACCUACACAGAAUCCAAAGGAAACAGUCAUUGACAAGCCACCCAUCCCCAUCACACCAGCAAACCCCAUUUCACACAAGUCAAAGGGCUCAGUAGUACCCCAGUUGGAAACCCAGAAUGUAAGGGGUGUUUUGGGCACUCAAGAAGACCAGAAACUGGCAGCAGUGGUUUCAGAAGACAAGGCAGUUUCCCAGACUGUGAGCUCUCUCCCAGAGUCGUGUGAGAAGCCAACUUUCUUGGAAUCACAAAGCCACACUGAAGCAAAUCAAGCCACAGAAAUUGUGGUAACCAAGAGCAAAGAAGAGAAAUAUGACAAUAGGCUUGUCUCUCCAGCUACUAGCAAAGCCAGAACAUCCACUAACAGUGUAAUUUAUAGCUGCAACCUCAGAGAUGACACCAAGGUUAUUUUAGAGCAGAUCUCAGCCCACAGCCAAAACAGGAUUGAUCUGGCUAAGACCGAUGAAGGGAGCACUGACGAUGCCAAAAUGGAUAAGAAGGAAAGAAGUGCGAAUACGGAAGGCACACUUUCUAAGCCCCACCAGGGUGGAACCAGGUUUCAGCAUACUCCAGUUAACCCACAAGAAAGGGAAAACCUUUUGAAGAGGAUAGAGAAAAUGCGCAAAGAGAAGAAGGUCUACAGUCGCUUUGAGAUGGGAUCAUGACCACGGAUCACAAACUGGAGGAGAUCUUUAGGACCAGGAACCACACUUGUGCCAUACUGAUGUUUUCAAUUCAGAAGAACUUCCCAACACCUUGAAGCAGCAACAGCCUUGGUCCUUAAAACAUCAGUGUCUGCUGUAGUUUAACAGAGCUCUUAUUGUUAAGUAAAUAUGUCAAAUGUGUGCCUGCAGUAUGUGCUGGUUGUUCUCUUUAUGGAUUGCACUCAAGCUUCAUUGAACACCAUUUAAGGACAUGGCCCAUUCAAGGCAUACAGUUUACAUCCUUACUACUAAAGGUCUCUCCCGCUUGCAUUUUAUGGCUCAUGUCUUAUAAUAUUAAGAUUACCACAGAGAAGAAAUUACAGUGCUGCAGGUUCAUCAAGGAUGGGCCUUUCAAGCCUAUGUCAGCAGAGUGGAUGCUAGAAUAUAUGAAUCAAUAUUCUAGUUCAUUGUCCAUUAUGCUGUUUACAUAAGACUGAAUGAACUUCAGUGUGCUUCAGCUAAAUAAUUACUCAUUACUAAUGUUCUGUGUUUUAGGACUUUACAAUCUAUGCAUAAUUUAGUUGAUACUGUUAUACAGUGAUAUAUCGGUUUAUUUUAUAUGUAAAUGGCCAUGUCUUUGAGUGUGCUUUUAAGUUCAGUUAGUCAUACACAUAUUUUUCUCAUAGGCACAUUUAUUUCUUAAAGCAAGGGCAGUAUUUUAGCAAAAUUUCCAAACCUUUGAAAGAAAUGGUAAGAAUGAAAAACAUUCACUCAAUAACACAUGGACCACUAGAAUCCAGGAACUGAAAUCUGUUUGUGACAUCUAUCUUUUAUACAGUACCUACAUAUGUGUGUAUGAAAGGCGGGACUGAGAUUAGACCAGAGGUGUCAAACUAAAGCAAAUACCUGCAUACACUAAGGACUUAAGUCCGUCAGCAGCCAAGUAAACCCUUGAGAGGGCUUGCAAUGAAGGAUUGCAAGCCCUGUUUUGCAAUGAAGGAUAUUUUAGAUGUUCACAGUAGUUUCUGGUGAUCUGCCUAUACUUAAAUGGCACCUUUUGCAUUAGUUAUUUUAUGUGAAGGUUGACAACUGUUUUAUCAUUAUUAUAAUCAUGAAUAUUAAUCAUUCAUUGUUGCUUGUGUGCUCUUAUUUGGAAUGGUGUUUUACUGAUAAAACAUUUAUAUCGACAGAGACAACAUAAGGUUGUAGAGCAAAUUAAUCAUUAUUAUUUAUUAUGCUGUAUGUCCCCUAUCAAGGACUUUUGGUAUUGCUGACACAGGAUGCUAUUGCACAAAAAACUGGUUUCUAAUGGUGGCACCAUCCAUGUUAUAAUCCUUCUAGUUUAAAAGUGCUGUAGCAUGUGUGAGA